GUGAAUGCUUAUAUGGCAAUCUUGGAGGAAAAACACCGAGUACGUUGUUUUGACUCGUUCCUUCUGGAGGAAAUCAAACAUAGAGGAGUCAGUAAUAUGCCAAACAAUGUCAACACUGCUCACACAGAGUUUCUCUUUAUUCCACUACACCAGCAAUCUCAUUGGUCCCUCAUAGUUGUUGAUGUUCAGAGAGCAACCAUAUCCUACCUCGAUCCUCUUGGAAUUUUCAACGAAGCAAACAUGAAAGCUAUCACUGACUAUCUGAGGCGUGCUGGUCUAAGCCUAGUCAGGGACAAACAAUUCGAAAACUCUAAGAAGUUCCCCACUCAGAAGAACAGCUAUGACUGUGGAGUAUACAUCCUCGAGUAUGCACGUUGUAUCGCCUCUCACCAACGGUGCACACAGGCGAACAUGAAAAAAGGCAGACAGAACAUCAAACACAGUAUAGAGGAAGUGUACCUGUAAAAGUGUCAUUAAUAUACUGUGGUAUUUGGAACGACCAUGAAGGUAUAUAUAGAACAUACAGAGAUAAUAUCGCAUAUAAACAGCACUAUAUGACAUCUGGAGGU